UCUUUAUGUUGUGCUUAUGCGUUUAUGCAAAAGUGUGUGUUUUCCGCUAAACGCUUACGAAAGUUUCGGAACGAUCAUCGAGUAAAAUAUUCCUCGGAGAAUACGUUUUGGAAUGCAGCCUUAAUAUCCAAUUGCGUAACAUUGUGUCUGUUUGUAUUUCUUUUUUAUGGAAAGCUCUCUUUAUCUACAAGUUGCAGAUUGACCCAUCGGAGCAAAAUUUUUUGAUCAUGGCCAAUUCAUCGGCGAACGUAACUGUGUCGAGCAUUUUGAAAAAUAAGAGCUCGUUCGAAGAUGAACCACGGAAGAAGAGCAGGGAGGAUUGGCGGAAGGCGAAGGAGUUGGAAGAAGCGAGAAAGGCCGGUACCGCUCCCGCUGCUGUCGACGAGGAGGGUAAGGACAUUAAUCCGCAUAUUCCGCAAUACAUCAGCGCGACGCCAUGGUACUUCGGCGCUCAGGGUCCCACCCUGAAGCAUCAGAGACCGCAGCCCGAGAAGCAGAGGCAGUACAGUUCCAUAAACGAUUGGUACAAUCGUGGAGUGGAUGGUGCACGGGUGGCAACCAAAUAUCGUAAGGGCGCUUGCGAGAAUUGCGGUGCGAUGACUCACAAGAGGAAGGAUUGUAUGGAGAGACCGCGCAAAGUUGGAGCAAAAUAUACUAAUUCAAAGAUAGCAGCGGAUGAAUUUACUCAGCCUGAGCUUUCUAUGGAUUACGAUGGUAAGAGAGACAGAUGGGCUGGUUACGAUCCUUCUGAACAUAGAGCGAUAGUGGAGGAAUAUCAGAAGAUAGAGGAGGCCAAGAGACAGAUGCGUGCUGACAAACUUGAUGCAGAAGAGGAAAAUGAUGAACAAGAUUCUGAUAAGGAUGAAGAUAAAUAUGUGGACGAGGUAGAUAUGCCUGGUACAAAGGUAGAUUCUAAACAGCGAAUUACUGUGAGAAAUCUGCGAAUUCGAGAGGAUACUGCUAAAUAUCUGCGCAAUCUAGAUCCGAAUUCUGCAUACUAUGAUCCAAAGACUAGAUCCAUGCGAGAUAAUCCCUAUGCUGGUACAGAACGCGAGGUGGAUUACAAAGGCGAGAACUUUGUACGCUUCUCCGGAGACACGCAGCAACAUGCGAAUGCACAAUUGUUCGCUUGGGACGCGCAUGAGAAGGGAGUCGAUGUACAUUUAUUAGCCGAGCCUACAAAACUGGAAUUAUUAAAGCAGGAAUACGACAAGAAACGCGAUGAAUUAAAGGAUAAAGCACGCGAUAGUAUAAUCGAACGUUAUGGGGGUGAAGAGCAUCUCAAAACGUUACCAAAACCUUUAUUAUUGGCACAAACGGAGCAUUAUGUCGAAUAUUCAAGAUAUGGUAAGAUAAUUAAAGGGCAGGAUAGACAGGUGAUACGAUCCAAAUACGAAGAAGAUAUUUAUCCAAACAAUCAUAUGUCAGUCUGGGGUUCAUAUUGGCAGGAUGGAAAAUGGGGUUACAAAUGCUGCAAUUCCUUUAUUAAAAAUUCUUAUUGCACCGGAGAAUCUGGAAAAAGAGCAGUAGAAGCAACGAACGACUUGACACUGAAUAAAAUACCAAUAGAAGAGACUGAUUGUAAACUGAAUGAUGUAAUAAUAGAGGACAAUCGUUCCUCGACCAGCGAAUCUUCAUCCGAAGAUGAGGGAAAAGAUAAAAUAGAAAAACAAAGUAAGGCGGCCAAACGAAAAUUGAAGAAACAGAAACGCAAAGAAAACCGCAAGAAUAAGAAACAAGACGAGGAUAAGUUGAAGGAAGCAUUGAGAAAGGAAGAGGAAAAUACGAGGAAGGCGGACAAGAUGUUGAAAAUGAACGAGAGGAAACGUCCGUACAAUAGCAUGUAUGAGACAAAAGAACUGACUGCUGAGGAGAUAGAAGCAUAUCAGAUGAAACGUAAACGUGACGAAGAUCCGAUGGCUCAUUUUCUUUCAAAAUAAUAUUACCAGAUUAUCUUUACGAUUAAAAAUUAAAUUAAUGUUAUACGUAUAUUUAUAGAUAUAAAUAUGUACAGUCUAUUAUUUGAUGACAGUAGGAUAUCCUAUGUAAAAUACUAAUAUGUAAUUUAGCGAUUUAAUGGUAUAAAAUAUGAUAAGUUUAGGAGAGAUUUAUUUAAAUUUGAAAAAAUUUAAAUUACUAGUAUAUAUACAUAUAUAUAUAAUAACUUCGUCUCUUGUAUAUAAAUAAAUAAAAGCCUGUAUAUA